AUGCCAACGGAUCAACCUGAUGAUAACAUACUCCAAUUUGUGCUUUUCCAGCUGAAACAAGUCAAAUUAUACAAUCUACCUGCCAAUUUACUCACUCAACUUGCAACUGGUAAUGGUAUUGAAGAUCAAGUUGAAUGUAUAUGGACGGGUUCCAUUAAAUUAAUUCGAGAAAUCAAACAAAAAAACACCCACGACUCUAAAAACCAUAAAUCCAACGAAACCAAUACCAACAAGGUCAUCCCUGCAUUUACUCAACAUCGAUUGAAAUUGGAAUUUAUAAACAAUCACAAUGGCACAAACUUAUGGGGCGAAACAUGGUAUGCGCCCAUCAACAACAACAACAAGCAUCUCCGUGCCGAAUUGGGAUUAGUGCCGCGCGAAGAAGAUGUAGACACGGCGCAGGUGGCCAGUAAUGUGCAAAUGAAACAAAUUAUCGGCAUUGCUCAUGAUGGCACCACUACGAUUAAAGAGCCAUCGCAUGAUUUGGGUAUUGUGUCAACUCAAUGGUUUCGGGUUAUUGUACAAUUGCCCAAUUCAGGGUACCAUCCACUAAUAACCGACAGUGUUGAAGAAGAGGAAGUAGGGACAGGAGGCGGUAGCGAUCUUCACAACCUUGAUGAUGCGACAAAAGUGGCACAGAUUGCCCUCUUGCUACGUUUCAGACAUGAUAUUGACUCAGAAGAGUUUCUUGAGCAUUUAGAGAAUUAUAACAUGAGAUAUGAUCAUUUACAGCAACAGUAUUAUUAUGAUCAAUGGGCUCAAAUAUUCGAUCAAGAUACGGUGCUGAAUGGGGGUGUCGAUGAUGAUGAUGAUGAUGGUGAUAAGUCGAAGGGUUCACUGGAUGAUGAUGGUGGUGAGGAUUUGAGUUUGACUGAUAAUGAAAAUAACUAUGAAACAGCCGAUAGACAAACACUAGCUGGUCAAAGCUCAGAGAGUGAAGAAGAAGAAGACGAUGAUUUUGGUGACUUUAUAAGUAAGUAA